CCUGUUGUGGAUGCCUUCAAGUAUUUGACGCAGCUUGAGUAUGAUAUCCUGGAAUAUGUCGUGAUUGAGAGACUGGCACAAAUCGGGCGAGAUAAACUUAAAGACGACGGGAUUAAUUUAUCAGACUGGCUUCAAUCUUUGGCAUCAUUUUGGGGUCACCUGUGUAAGAAGUACCCAUCAAUGGAGUUAAGGGGUCUUUUCCAGUAUCUCGUGAACCAGUUAAAGAGGGGCCAAGGGAUUGAGCUUGUUCUUCUUCAGGAACUGGUCCAGCAGAUGGCAAAUGUACAAUACACUGAGAACCUUACUGAAGAUCAGUUGGAUGCCAUGGCAGGAAGUGAGACUUUACGUUAUCAUGCAACAUCCUUUGGCAUGACGAGGAACAACAAGGCACUUAUCAAAUCAUCAAACCGUCUACGAGAUUCCUUACUUCCAAAUGAUGAACCAAAGUUAGCUAUCCCCCUUUUGAUACUUAUCGCCCAGCAUCGUUCUCUAGUUGUGGUGAAUGCGGAUGCCCCAUAUAUUAAGAUGGUCACUGAACAGUUCGACAGAUGUCAUGGAAUUCUCCUCCAAUACGUGGACUUCCUUUCUAGUGCUGUCAGUCCUGCUACUGCUUAUGCUCGGCUGGUACCUUCGCUUGAUGAGCUUGUUCACACAUACCAUCUCGAGCCAGAGGUCGCUUUUUUGGUAUUUCGCCCUGUGAUGAGGCUCUUCAAGUGUCGACGGAAUGGUGAUGUUUCAUGGCCUUUGGAUAGUGGGGAAUCUAUGGAUGCGGAUUCUGAAAUAUCAGAGUCUGAGAGUUCUAUGAUUCUCGAUGUCGGUGCAUCUGAAAAAGCUGUAACGUGGUCUGAUGUUCUUGAUACUGUAAGAACAAUGCUGCCGUCAAAAGCUUGGAAUAGUCUAUCGCCAGACCUCUACGCUACUUUUUGGGGACUUACGCUUUAUGAUCUCCAUGUUCCCAGAAAUCGUUAUGAGUCUGAGAUAUCUAAACAGCAUGCUGCCCUUAAGACACUUGAAGAGGUUGCUGAUAAUUCUAGCUCAGCAAUUACGAAGAGAAAAAAAGAGAAGGAAAGGAUUCAAGAGUCACUUGAUCGUCUAACCGGUGAACUGAAAAAGCAUGAAGAACAUGUUGCUUCUGUCCGUAGAAGGCUUUCACGUGAAAAGGAUACAUGGUUGAGUUCCUGUCCUGAUACUUUGAAGAUCAAUAUGGAGUUCCUGCAACGUUGUAUUUUCCCUCGGUGCACAUUUAGCAUGGCAGAUUCUGUGUACUGCGCGAUGUUUGUACAUAUGCUCCACUCUCUUGGAACACCCUUUUUUAACACUGUCAAUCACAUUGAUGUUCUGAUUUGUAAAACGCUGCAACCAAUGAUCUGCUGCUGCACUGAAUAUGAAGUUGGAAGACUUGGGAGGUUUUUGUUUGAGACCUUGAAGAUUGCAUACCACUGGAAGAGUAAGGAAUCAGUCUAUGAACAUGAGUGCGGAAAUAUGCCAGGGUUUGCUGUUUAUUACAGAUACCCGAACAGCCAGCGUGUCACAUUUGGACAAUUUGUGAAGGUACACUGGAAAUGGAGUGGAAGAAUCACACGGCUUUUGAUCCAGUGUCUGGAGUCUAACGAGUAUAUGGAGAUUCGUAAUGCCCUAAUUAUGCUAACAAAAAUAUCUGGUGUUUUCCCUGUUACUCGGAAAACUGGGAUAAACCUUGAGAAACGGGUAGCCAAGAUUAAAAAUGAUGAACGAGAGGACCUUAAGGUCUUAGCAACUGGUGUUGCCGCAGCUCUGUCUGCAAGAAAACCACAUUGGGUUACAGAUGAAGAAUUUAGCAUGGGCUUCCUUGAACUAAAGGCCCCGCCAGUACAUGCUCCAAAACAUGCUUCUUCCCAGAAUGGCUUGUUAAUUGGUGUCUCCCAUGGUGAACCAACUGGGGAAAGAGCAAGUGUUAACCAGCAGACUGAGUCUGGUGGAUUGGGCAAGGACCAGUUAUUGAAAACUAAACCUCUAGAUGGAAGAACGGACAGUUUACCUUCAAAAUCUGAUCAAGGAAAUCUUAAAUCAAAGGGGGGCAAUCCAUUGGAUGCCCAAUCAUCCAUGUCUAAGAAGUCAGUGGAACAAAAGGAAACAGAUGAAACACCCAAAAUAUCUGAUGAAAAUCCUGUCAAAGCUGCUUCAAAGUAUUCUGAAACCGAGUUAAAACCUUCCUCUAAACGAAGUGCAUCAGUGAACAAAUCUACAAAGCAAGAUUUUGGGAAAGAUGAUGGAAAGUCCGGUAAAGCUGGUGGAAGAACAUCCACAACUGAAAAAGAUCUUAUUUAUUUGGAGAGCAGGCAAUCAGGUUUGACCAAAUCUAUUUCCAGCACAGCAGCCAAUGGUAGCAUAGCUAUUGGUUCGUCCAAAGUAAAAGACGACGGUGCUGAAGCUUCGGAUGCACAAAAGCAAUCUUCUCGGACUGUUCAUUCCCCUCGGCAUGAAAUCGUCUCUUCUGUGAGAUCGAGUGAUAGGUUACAGAAACGAACUAAUGCUGUUGAAGAUAGUGAGAGAAUAAGUAAACGUCGUAAAGGAGAUGCUGAGCACAGAGAGCAUGACAGUGAGCCUCGAUCAAGUGAUCGAGAUAGAUCAACAGACGCUCGGUUGGAUUUAAACAAAACAGUUACUGAUGACCAAAGCACACAUAGGGAUCAAGAUAGAUCAAAGGAUAAGGGUAAUGAAAGACAGGACCGAGACCAUAGAGAAAGAGUUGAGCGUUCUGAUAAACCUCGCGGAGAUGAUGUAGAGAAAGCAAGAGACAAAUCUUUGGAGCGUCAUGGUAGAGAGCGAUCUGUUGAGAAGGGUCUAGAUAAAGGAACAACUAGGAGUUAUGAUAGAAACAAGGAUGAAAGAAACAAAGAUGAUAGAAGCAAACUGCGUCAUGGUGAGGCAUCACUAGAGAAAUCUCAUUCUGAUGAUCAUUUUCAUUCUCAAGGUUUACCCCCACCUCCACCUUUACCACCUAACAUCGUUCCACAUUCUAUGGCUGCAAAAGAAGACCUCGAAAGAAGGGCUGGAGGUUCAAGGCAUUCUCAGAGGCUUUCCCCGAGGCAUGAAGAAAGAGAGAGACGAGGCUCUGAAGAGAAUUCAUCAGUUUCUGUGGAUGAUGCAAAACGUAGAAGAGAUGACGAUUUCCGUGACCGAAAGCGAGAUGACCGAGAAUCAAUCACCGUGAAGGGUGAAGAAAGAGAAAGAGAAAGAGAAAAAAGCCUCCCUUUGAAAGAGGAUUUUGAAGCAUCCAAGAGAAGGAAGCUUAAGAGGGAGCAACAGGUUUCAUCUGCAGAGCCAGGGGAAUAUUCUCCCAUGCCACCACAUCAAUCCUCUUUAUCGACUGGUAUGGGACCAUCAUCUUACGAAGGCAGAGAGCGAAAGAGCAGUAGUAUGAUUCAACACGGAGGUUAUCUUGAAGAGCCAAGCAUCAGACUUGUUGGAAAAGAAGCUUCCAGCAAGAUGGCUCGCCGUGAUCCCGAACCCAAAUGGCUGGUACUGAACACCGCAUUUGCUGUACACGUACUGUUAACCAUUCCAUGGCCAUGCGGUCUACUUUGUCUUGUGGCUCAGCCGAGUUUGAUAAAGACUUUGCAAGACUUGAGAUAUGCUCAUACCAAAUUCAGUGUUUUUAUGUUUCAGAUUUUUGUAUGGAGGAGCUUGUAAAACUAUAGCUAGCGAGGGAAAUUGAUAGUGUAACAAAAUAUCGAAUUUUGUCUUAGGGUUUUCUCAAUUGUUUUACAACAGUGGGGAAAAAACUUCUGAGUGAAUA